AGACAUCUGAGCUAUGAGGAUGGGGUAGAAAAAUCACAGCACUUUGUGCAGCGGAGACCGCGCUCCGGUUUCACUCAGUCUGACAGGCGGAGCGGCGUGCUGUUUUUACGCAUAGCCUCCGGUCCUGCCAGGCAUUGUAGACAUUGUUUAGUAGCUGUGUAGUAGAGUCCUGUGAAGACAUUGGAGCGGCACAGUCUCUGAAAACUGGAUACCUGAGUCCAAAGGUGCUGAGACUCUGCCAAGAAGCCGUGACAGGAGACUUGCCAGAGAAAAGGGGAUUUUGGCCGCGUAAAAAACGAGGAGGAGGCGCCUCUCUUGUUGAAGCAGAAGCGCGUUAGAUGGAUUUUUCAUGUCUGCUUCAGCCUCAGUGGAGACAGCCCGCUCUGAACACUUGCAAGCCGUGACAGCAAGGUGUAAAACAUGUCGCAUCGUAGCCAAUGGAUAGCCACAAACAUGAGCUGCAUCCAGCGUGGAAGAAGCGGCUCUCAGGUCCUCUCCGCUGCGCAUUUGGAGCAGAAUGCGCACAGGACAGCCGGUGGGACCAGAUGGAGGGUUCGGAGGAAGGAUAGACAGGAGAUUACUUCUGUAAUAUCAGCAAAAGUCAAGGUGCUGCUAUGGGUGCUCCUCUGCCUGCUGCCUCUGGUGGAAGGAGCUCAUAUGAAAGCUGAAGCUGCCGGUGUGGGAUCAGACUCAGGCCGCGCUGUGGGCCUGCUGGGCGGCCAGGAGGAGCGGGAGUUUCCCGUGACGCUUCCAGAGGUGGUGGAGGAUGAAGAGCAGGAAGACGACAGUGGCCCUUACUCUACUUGGCACGCUCUAUAUGACCCUUUUGUAAUAGAUGAGGUGGAUGACCAUCCCAGUAGUCGUUGGGCGAGGCGCUCCCCACGCUCAUCUGACCCCUCAGAACCUCAACCCAAGGGUUCAACAAAGAAAAAGAAGAAGAGGAAGAAGAAAGAAAGGGAGGAAGAGGAAGAGACAGGAAAAGACAGAAAAGGUAAAAACAGGCAGCCGAAGCAGAGCAGCAGGGACUGCCGUGUGGAGAAGCGAGAGAUGAGAGUUCGGGACCUGGGUCUGGGGUUUGACUCCGAUGAGAUUGUUCUCUUCAAGUUUUGUGUGGGCUCCUGCCAGUCUUCAAGAACAAACUAUGACCUGGCACUGAAGGCGCUGCUGGAGAACGGCUCACUACCCCGGCGCACUGCCCGCAAGGUCAGCAGCCACCCCUGCUGCCGGCCCGACCGGUAUGAGCCGGUUUCCUUCAUGGAUGCCCAGACCACGUGGAGGACCAUCCAGUCAUUAUCAGCUGCCAGCUGCAUGUGUAUGGGCUGAAGAAGUGCACAAGGACCGCUGUCACCCAUCUUGAACAGAGAUGAGUCAAGAGGUGCAAGGUGAGGAAGGCCUGGAUACAGGGAAGAGCCAGAGGGGGGCGCUGUAACUCACACACAGCAGCAGUAGUGAUGGAGGCCACUUGUUGUCUUCCUGUGGUGUAUUGCCUGCUCAUAAGGCAGAGGCCUGGGAACAGCUGGACGAUUGGGAUCAAAAUCGGAGCCUGAGGGGGAAGUCGUCAGGGAUUCACAGUCUGGAUGUAUUGUUGCGUCUUCAAAGAGUGAAUUGUUUUCAGCUGAAUCAGUGGUAACUAAUGUAGGAUGCUGGAGACCAGUUAUCACACAUUAAAGAGACUAUAUGUGAAUAUGACUGCUUUGAUUGAACAGGCGAGACCAGAAGGCUGACUGAUGCUGUGUUUAUAUUCUGAUUCAGUCUUACAAAAGACUGACAUGAUGUUCACUACUAAUCACAGUGAAGCAGCUCCUCCCAAAAAAACAAUAUCAUUUUUUUCACAUAAAAACAGGCAUUACAUUGAAUCUUUUCUAUGUUCAGGUGAACUCAGCCAAAUGGAUGCCAUGCAUCUUCAUGUAUUACUGUAUAAAAGUAAAAAUAUAUUUAUUUCUGAUAAAUUAUUUAUUUAUUAUAGCUUGAUAUGAGAGCUGUUUUUAUUAACUCUAUAUUGUAGAUCAAUAUCUAUUUAUUGCCAAGAUUCAGACUUCAUGUUGACAGUUACUUCUGCUCACAAACAGUAUGUACAAUUUCUAUUUUAAAGGUGCUGUUUUUCACAUUUAUCCAACACCUCAUAAACCUGGGCUGGACAGCUGAUUCUGGGCAGACUUAGAUUGGAUGCAAUAUACAUUUCUGAAAUCAGCUGAAUGAUUUCAUAAAACAAAAAUGCCAUUCAAAAGCUAACUGAUUGAACUGACUCAUUUCCUCAUUUCGUCCCACUGACCUACAUUGAAAUGAUGUGGUAUACUUAAUAAAGUCUGACAGCUGAUCUCUGGUUUUGUCAUUAAUUUGGAGAAAUGAUGUCAGUCUCAAAGUGUGUGUACAGCAAACAUUUAUACUACAGGAAGUCAACAUUUCUCAUCUUAGAUAUGUACUUUCAGUGCAGAU